GUAUUCAAGGUAAAAGUCAUCGGAUUUGGUUGUGUGCGCUAUUGAAUUCAUAAAUCUAUGUAUUUGCCUUGCUUUCAUCAGUUGCCAAAAUUAAAAUCAAUUGCUCCUUUGGUUCCCACGAGAUCGUUGGAAGUGGCCCACUUUCUAAUUAACUUCCCAUCUUGAACUAAUUAGCCAUUAUCUAUUUAUCUCCUCCUUUCCUGAAACUGUGUCCCUAAACUCCCCAGUCAUGUCCGACUCCGUCUCAGCUUCCCCACGCAACGUUUCUAAUAUCACUUCCAAGAGAAAAACUUCAUGGUCCUUCACUUUUGUUAUUACAGCACUGAUUCCCGUUGUCGCCGCCACAAUCCUCUACCAACUCGACUCGUUCGACCCGGCUCCUAUGCCCCCCGAUGCGCUGACUCGGCACGCCAUUGCCGUGCCAGCUCGCAACAACCGCAUGCUAAAAGGAUCGGAGCUCGUGGGUGUGGGGGAUUUGAAUGGCCCAGAAGAUGUCGCUUAUGAACCCAAGUCCGGAGUCAUCUACACGGGCUGUGCCGACGGGUGGAUCAAACGGGUCACGGUGAACGACUCGGUCUCUCACUCGGUGGUGGAGAAGUGGGUCAACACCGGCGGGCGACCUUUGGGAAUCGCUUUUGGACGCAACAACGAAGUCAUCGUCGCUGAUGGCAUAAAGGGCCUACUAAACGUGACCGCGGAAGGUACUGUGGAGUUGUUGACAGAUGAGGCUGAGGGACAAAAAUUCAGAACCACAGACGCUGUGGAUGUAGCAGAUAAUGGCAUAAUUUAUUUUUCAGAUGCUUCAUAUAAAUAUAGUUUAAGCGAGUGUACUUUGGACGUCUUGGAGGGUAGGCCCCAUGGCAGGCUUCUGAGCUAUGAUCCUGCAACCAAAAGCACCAAGGUGCUGGUCCACGACCUCUACUUUGCUAAUGGUGUUGCGGUCUCACCCGAUCAAAAUUAUGUGAUCUUUUGUGAAACCCCAGUGAGGAGGUGUAGAAAAUAUCAUAUACAAGGCAAGGAAGAGGGAAGAGUAGAUGAGUUUAUCGAUAAUCUACCAGGAAUGCCUGAUAACAUCCGAUAUGAUGGAGAAGGUCAUUACUGGAUUGCACUCUUUACGGGACCGACACUUACAUGGGAUUUAGCAGUCAGAUACCCUUUCAUCCGGAAGGGUAUUGCAAUCAUGGAGAAGUAUGGACAGCGACCACGUACAGAGAAGAAUAGUGGGGUUUUGGCCGUUGAUUUGGCAGGAAAACCCACUGCCUACUACCAUGAUCCUGGACUGUCAUUUGUUACAAGUGGGAUCAAGAUCAGAGAUCAUUUGUACUGUGGUUCCGUUUUUUCACCGUACAUUACCCGCCUUAAUCUGAAAGAACAUCCUGCGCUAGCUACCACAUGAGCAUGCAACAAGGCCCCCUAUAAGAUUAAGAACAAGCUUGUCUAUUGUUCUGGCUCUUGGAGUCGAUCUCUAUGCAUGUGCGAAUGUGGGGCUGGAGACUAUUUGAUGAAUCGGUGAUCUGUGAACCUAAUGACAAAAAUAGACUUUUCCUUGUAUUUAA